AUGCGGCCCGUACACUCGUUCGACAGGAAGGUGGAAGAUGCCAAACCCAGCAAGAGUGACAUCAACUGGGUUAUCAUGGACUACCUCGUGUCCGAAGGCUACCCAGGAGCCGCCGAGAAGUUCGCCCAGGAAACCAAUAUUUGCACGCCCACCGACAUGGACAGCAUAAGGGAACGCGUGCGCAUUCGCAACGCCAUUCACGCUGGGAGGAUCGAGGAGGCUGUAGAGAUGAUCAAUGAAGUGGAUUCCGAGAUCCUCGAUGAGAACCACCAUCUCCACUUCGACCUCCUUCAACUGCACAUCAUCGAGAUGAUACGAGCCAUCAUCAAUAAGCCUGGUGGAUUCCAGGUCUCCGAGUUCAAACCGGUCCUCGAAGCAGCUACGCACCAGCUCGCACCACGCGCACCGACCGAUCAAAAGUAUCAACAAGCAGUGGACCGCACCAUGUCGCUGAUGGUUUUUCCUGUCGAGAAGAUGCCGCCAGAGAUAAAAGAAUUACUCGACCUCAAGCUGCGUGAGAAAGUCGCAAAUAAUGUCAACAGAUAUAUAUUGGAGAAGCGAGGCGAAAGAAGUGAAGCAAAAAUCUUCAAUCUUGUACGGGCUCGCGCUUGGGCCGAAGCACAGGCUAGAGAAGCCAAGGUCGACUUACCACCGAACCUCCCGAUUGGAUUGGAUGGGGAUGCUACGGCGCAGGUCGCUGGGGACGUUAUGGUGCAAUGA